GGGCCGGCUCCAGAGUCUGGAUUUGGUCUGCAGUGCCCGUCGAGUGCUGGACCAGCGGCUGGCCGGUGCACCCCGCCCUGCGCGCGCAGAGGUUUCGGGACCCCCAGGCCGAGGCGCGGGCCGCUACGCGAGGCGGGUAGGGUGGGCAGAGGGAGAUUUGGAGGGCGCGGGCGCCCUGUGCGCGGAGCAGACGUGAGGCGGCCGGGGGCCGGGACGCCAUGUCCAUGGAGGACCCCUUCUUUGUGGUGAAAGGAGAGGUUCAGAAAGCAGUCAACACUGCACAGGGAUUGUUUCAGAGAUGGACGGAGCUCCUCCAGGACCCAUCCACAGCCACGAGGGAAGAAAUUGACUGGACCACCAACGAGCUGAGGAACAACCUCCGGAGCAUAGAGUGGGACCUAGAGGACCUCGACGAAACCAUCAGCAUAGUUGAAGCAAAUCCUAGGAAAUUCAACCUCGAUGCAACCGAAUUGAGUAUAAGAAAAGCCUUCAUCACAAGUACUCGGCAGGUUGUCAGGGACAUGAAGGAUCAGAUGUCAACUUCAUCUGUGCAGGCAUUAGCUGAAAGGAAAAAUAGACAGGCCCUGCUAGGAGACAGUGGCGGACAGAACUGGGGCACUGGAACGACGGAUAAAUACGGGCGCCUCGACCGGGAGCUUCAGUUGGCCAACUCCCAUUUCAUCGAGGAGCAGCAGGCACAGCAGCAGCUGAUCGUGGAACAGCAGGAUGAGCAGUUGGAGCUGGUCUCUGGCAGCAUCGGAGUGCUGAAGAACAUGUCCCAGCGCAUCGGAGGGGAGCUGGAGGAGCAGGCCGUUAUGCUGGAUGAUUUCUCUCAUGAGUUGGAGAGCACUCAGUCUCGACUGGACAAUGUGAUGAAGAAACUUGCAAAAGUAUCGCAUAUGACCAGUGAUCGGCGCCAGUGGUGCGCCAUCGCGGUCCUCUUCGUGGUCCUGCUCGUGGUGCUGAUCCUCUUCUUAGUGCUGUGACGGCGGGGCCCCGGCUCGCUUCCUGCUGCACACACACCCCGGGGCAGAGGGAGAAGCAGCGCGCGGCGGGCUCCUCGCGGCCCUCUCCUGGAAGCACAGCCUGAGCUGACUUUUCUCUCUGUGACCCCACCGCGGAGACAGCGCCUCCAGCCCAGCGUGGGGAGGGCCGGUGGGCAGAGGAAGUCGACGACUAUGCGCUCCUGGCUCCCCGGCUCCCAUUCCGAGGACAGCUGGCCCUGCUUUGCUCCCGCCCCGGACCUCGCUUCCCCCAGAGGGCCUUCGAGGAAUCCAGGAAACUUCGUGGACUCGGCUCCCGUUGGCUGAUGCUCAUUCCAUCCGUCUUUGGCAGCUCUUUUCUCCCAUUCAGACCCUUCGCCCAUCAGACGGCUCGCGCUGGCUACUGCAGAAACACCCACAGCAGGUGUGGGUGCCUGGAUAGGUCUCACAUCCUGUCGAGGCAGCGCUGUCGCACUCCUGAGAGCUGAUGGUUAGUGGGGACAGAGAGCUCAGAAGUACUUUCUGAUAGAAGAUGCAGUGAUUGGUUUUUCAGGGGUAAGUGCUAGGGUGAAAGUGCUUCUCUAGGCGCUGUUUUUUGUGGUAGGAAUAACCAGUGGAAAAGAAUGAAAAGCACUGGGCUUUGGAGCUGCUGGCAACUUGUGGCUUGAAUCAAAGGGAGCGCGGGGCAGCAGAGCACAGCCGUGGAGGGCGGGUGAGGUCGCCGGGGUCAGGCCCUUGCUGGAUUCAUUCCACUGUCCUACAGCCACCUCCCCAGAGGGGCAACUUGCAUUCCCAGGGGGACCCUGAAAUGAGCGGCUCAGCGGCUCACGUGAGUGGCCUGAGGUCCCAGGGUGGCAUCCCCAGCAGUUAUUUUAUUCCGGCAGCACUCCGCCUUGAGGGCUGGCAGUGGUCAGUACGUUAAUGACAUUUAUCAGAAACCAUGUCAAAAAAGGCUAGUUCUGGACAAGAUUUUUCUUACCCUAUAAUUGUAAGGAUGGGUAGGUAAACGUGGUUCCUUUUUCUCUAAGACGAUGCGGUUUAUCAUCCAUUCAAAUAACUGAGCUCUUCCGGAUUUAAAUGACAGAUGCUUUCAUUGGGUUUUAGUUGCUGACCCUGCUGAGACACUAUACACUCCAAGCUUCUGGUGACUUUUAAAAUGCCUCCAGUGUACAUGUGUAUAUAGGAUAUUUUUGUAACUUCCCUGAUGAAAACCUAGGAUUGAAGUAGCAGCUGAGCCUGGAGCCAGUGUGUGGCGGUGGCGGCUGCCGGUCCCUCCUCACCAUCUCCCUCUGCACUUAUGAAGCAACAUCUGGGAAGAAUUCUGGCUUCAACUCCCGUCUCUUCAUCUUUCAGGGUCCAUUCCUCAGCACACUAACUUUUCUCCCCUUUCUUUCUUUGUAUCUUGUGUCGAGCUUCUCGUUUCCCUUUUUCGUGUGUGUGAUUUGCAGUGAUGUACUUGCCCAGCUAACCCUUGAAUUGCACUUUGGAAUAAAUUCUUAUAACAAUUUUUUUAAAGAAGGGUAUUUUCUCAUGUUUAGGAUUGUGGUAGGUCAGGAAAUCUGCCUGUGGAUGAAAAGCUGAAAGCAGGUUUAUAAAAUUAAAAGGAUGGUUGACAUCCACGUUUACACUCCACUCUACUUGAUAUGUAAGUUAUUUCUUUUCAAAUUAGGGAAAAAAGUGAUUUUUACAAAUGGCUUCAGAUGUGGGGUACUAGAUUACUUCUCCAAGUUUUGAGCUUGUUAAAGUAGUCUCCUGCAAGCUGAAGACAGAGCUGGUCCUUAAAAUGUCUUUGUUAAACAUCCAUGUGGACCCAGCCUCAGUCCUAUGAUCCCCACCUUCCAUGUUACACAAAGCAGCCGGCUUCUUGAGGGCCCUGUUUAAAUGCCAUGCUGUUUGCCGGGUGUUACCAGAUUGAUGGUGUCCUUCGAAACUGACAUGUCUGCAGGGCCUGUCGGGAACACGCUGGUCAUUAGUAAGCUUCUCCCCAGGCUUCAGGGACCAAAUUUUGUGAUGCCGAAACUUAACUACUAACUGGGGAUACUGAGAGUUGGCAAACUUGCUCAUUUAAGGUGUUUGCUAAACUGUGGCUAUUGCAAACCAGACUGAAGAGGAGUCUAUUUAGAAAGUUUACUUAAAAUCCAGGCAGUGCAGCGUUUUCCCUGUCUCUGGCCUUGAAGGAGCUGUUCUCUGAUAGGCCACCUUUUAAUGUGUUUGUCGGAGCCACACAGCCCCAGGUGACCUGAUCCUGGGUCUGACCCUGGCUGUUGUAUGUCAGGACUGGUCAGUCACUGCAGACCAGUGUUCAUUUGAAGGCUCCCCAGUGAAAUUCCAGACUUGCAGACAGAGCUUGCCAGGGGCUUAGAUUCAUUUCUAAGGAUAAAUGUUUCCUCGUCAGUGACCUAAUGCUAUGAGUUCCCUGCUGUGAUCCACUGACCCUCAGUGGUGGAAUGGGGGGUGGAGCAGAUGCCCACGAUACCUCCAUGAGGCUUAAAGGCACUUCCUAUAGCCAUGGGGCCUUUCCCCUCCUCAGCAUGUACUUCAUCUGUACUCGUCAUUGCUAAAAAAGCUGGCAGGAUAUGAUGGAUAACAGAAAGAGCUCAACUUCUGUUUAUUGGGAGAACAUUUUACUGAUCAAUUGGUUGGGCAGGGUGGGUAGAAUGGGGGAAUGAACCACUGAAAGAAUUUGCCAGAGCAGGAAUCCAGCUGGGAAACCCAAAACACCUUUAGUUUUUAGUCCUGGUUUUUUAUCUUGUCUUUGUGUGAACUGUGAAAAAUCACAAACACGCUCUGUGUGCCUCUACCGCGUGGCAAUUGGAUGUCACAGCAUGUGUGUUACAUGAGGCUCUUCACGCCAGAGCCGGGGGAGAAGCUUGGUAACUUGCCCAUUAUUCUCUGCUUUUAGCCAGAGUUAGACAGACUGAUGGGUCUGGUAGCCAACAACUUGGCAACUUCCAGUCCUUCUCACCUCGUGAGAUUAAGGGCUGCGAAGAGAAAUGCAGUCUUAACUCCAGCAGAAAUCUGUCUCUGUGAAGUGUUUUACCUUCUGUAAGUGAAGGUGGCGGAGCCAAGAUUUUUCUUUUGGUUAUUUCCCUGGCUGUCAAGUGAGACCAUUACCACCUUUCUCGAGAAUUCAUAGCAUCCGAAGAUCUAAAACCAACUGAUAAAUACGAGUUGCUUUUCCACGCUGGAAUUUGGACCAUGUGGUGUUAACUGGUACACAGGACAAAUUUGUAAACAAAAUUCGGACCGUCUAGAAAGCUCAAGUUCUAAAAUAUGGAACACAGUACUGCCAGUGCACCCUCUCUGUCUUCCUCUCACUGGCAUUUCUCCCCCUUCCAGGUUUUUUAAGAAAAAAAAUUUUUCUGAAGACUGUUCUUUGUCUAUCAAGUGCAGAGAGAAGGUGAAGCCAAAGGGCCUGCAGCCCCAUAGUCCGACAGCCCCGUGCCCGAGCCCAGGGCACAAGAACGGGGCCCAGGGUAGGACCCUGCGGCCUCCCGCUCCCAGCCUCUGUCUGUGGGGCAGGGGGGAGCUCCCUGGUGGGGGGGAAUUAGCCUUUCUGCCCCGUUUGGUUACCCGUACCCAGCUCCCAGUCUGUGCUGAAACCAAGGAGCUCCUUUGGUCUGCCUGGUAACGCUCACAGGGAGACUGCUGACUGCUGUCUGCUGUCGGGUCCAGAAACCCAGGAGAGUUCUGAGUCGAGAGAACAGCCCUCAGAGACCAGAACAGCCCUGCUGUGAACCUGGAGGCCAGAGCUCCACGCUCGCCGACUUCUGGGGUGUUAGCACCCUUAACAGCAGACUCGGAAGGACUUAGGGUCACUUAGCUCAGUCCUCUUGUUUUCAGAGCUGACACCUUUUCAGCUCCCUGAGCAGACGGGAGUCACUGGGUGGGCUGCAGUCCAGGCUUGGCCCCAGGGAGCCCACCCGCUCUCGGGGACAAGCCGAGCUCAGUGACAGGACGGAGGCUCGUAGUGACCUGUGCUCCCCGCUGAGCUCAGCCACGUGACAUCUUUUGCUUUUGGAUGAGCACGAGGCUCUGAAUGUUACAGUGGCGCUCUGGCUGUGUCGCUGCGAUGUCUGUGGGUUGGAAGUGCUUUGUUAGGUGAUAUGACCGUCUCUUUACUAGGACAGACACCUGGGGAGGUCACGAGAACUUGGCUUCCCCCUGACACACGCUAACGUGUUGGUGCUGUUUUCCUUCGCAUGUGACCUGUGUCCAGAAAUGCCCUUCCCCGAGGCCGUGCAGAGGGGAGCUGGGCUUAGCAUCCAGGCGCCUGCCCUGCUGCUUGGGCUUCACAUGAACAUUUCAUGGUCCUGACCCUUUGUGAGAAAGUGUAUUUUGCCUUUUUUCUUUUUUUCUUAAAAGUUACGAGUUAUCCAACCUGGAAGCCACUUGAUUUUCCAGGGGGGUAUUAGAAACAAGACCACACAGCUUUGUUGUCCACAGACCUGAGCUUGUGGGCUUGUUCCCUGGCGGCAGCCCAGUGCCCUGCUCCAGCCCAGCUUUCUGGCAGCCCCGGGGGUGGGGCCAAGUUCAGGGAGGUUCUUUUCCUGCCCUGCAGAAAGUGGGUUUUCGCUGAGACUGGGUUACUGAAUGGGAAUUGUGACCCCACAGCUAGUCGGUUCCGGGACAGGCAGCCGUCCUAAUCCUCAGGAAAACAGUGUGAAUGUACCCUGUUGUCUGUGCGGGGUGAGGGGAGGCCAGGCAGGUGUCCCAUUAAUAGGGCAUUGGAACUGCUUGUGAGCACCAUGUGAUGACGUCCUGACUGACCCGGGCUGGGAGAAUGCCCAGGGUGGGGGGCAGCCUGGAAACCAGGAGAGGGCCAAAGCAAGCAAGCUGUAAAUGAUGAUGAAUUCGGGUUUUGUAAGUGGAAAUAUGCUUUCACUGGCUCACUUGUAAUCAGAAAUUAGUGUAAUUAAAAGUGUAAUACGUGGCAAUGCUCAGCAGGACUAAACCAUUGUUUUUUUUUUCUUUCAAGGAUAAAUAACCUUAGAGCAUUUUAUUUUUAAUUAGCUAGAAGGUACAAAUGAAAGAAGUGAGAUCAGUGAUUAGAAAUGCAAAGGCCGUGGUGAUUUCCAGAUGGUGCUUCCACCCCAGCUCCGGCACCCCAGGAGAACAGUGUCAGAGCCCUGGGGCCAGCAGUUCCAGCCUUGCUGUAGGUAGGUCUUGCUUCCUCUACGCAGUGGCUCGGCAAGUGUGGAGUGGGACCAGUGGCAGCCGCACCCACUGGGGACUUGCUCGAAAUGCAGGUUCUAGGGCCCCACCCCAUACCCGCUGACUCACAGACUGGGAUGGGGCCAGUGGGCUGCUUAACAAGCCCUCCAGGGGAUUCUGAUGCCCGCCCAAGUUUGAGAACCACUGCUCCUGCAUUGUGGAAUUUAGGCUACAGUAAACCACCCCUGUUGUAAAAUAAAACAGCUUCAUGGCCUUGAUUGUAAGCCUGACAUUAAAAUUUGAUGACACAAUAAACUUGAAAACUUUUGAAAAAUACUUAUGUUUAAAAAAGCCUCCACUAGCCAUCCUUAAAAGUGAUAUUUUUACACCCAGAAGUUUAUCAGUAAUGUUUCUUACUUCUACUCUUGAAAUCAUGUUACAACUGUACAAAGAAUACUGUUCAGUAUUAAAGAGAAAUGGAGAGACCA